GGUGCCUCUCGUCUUUUUUAGUAUUAAAAUAAUAUAAAAUAAUUGCCUAUUGUAUAUCCUGAAUAUAUAAAUUUGGUUUAAUCAAUAUCUUUACCGCAAGACAAUGCAAUUCGUUCACUUAAGUGCUGUUUAUUGUGAUUUUCAAGGAUACGGAUAAAAACAUUAAGUGAUAAAUUAAUUGAUUAUAUUAUACUUGUUCCUUACUGUUUCAAUAUACUUGUAAAAAUGUUGAAAAGUGUUGCGAAAAAUUAAAAUGGUAACUUGUGAGUUGGAUAAAGAAAUUUCUGGCGAAGUGCUGGGACUGAAGCUACCUACAUGGCAGGCGCUGUUGCUGCACCGCGUUUUACCCUCUUGCGGUGGUUUCAUUGUCUACCUCACUGUCAUAUGCUUCGAUAUCGCGGUAAUAUACGAACACUAUCGGAAUAAGGAUAACGGACUAGGAGCAUUCUGCAUAAUUCUCCUGGUGCUACCAGCAAUCAUAUCUUUCGUUUUCACAUUGGCUUCUCCCCCGCCAAGUCUACAGACCGAACCGUCUGCAUUUACGGUCAACAUCGAAAAGAAAGACUGGAAGUGGAUUGUAAUGCAGAUCGUCAAUUGUUUGUUUUUUCCUAUAGCUGCAAUUGGACGAUAUUGUCAUCAAAUUUUCUGGUGGGUAGAAGCAGUAUGCGCUUCCCGAGUACAAGAUGAAGAGAGAACCGUUGAUGCUCUUUCUCGUGCCCGUGCCCCAUCCCCCUUGGAACUUUAUUUGUUCCUGCAAGCAUUCAUACAUUCAGCUCCAUUUGCCAUCGUAAAUAUUCUUGAUAUGAUGAGCGGAUAUCGCGAUCUCCACUUUGAUAAAGUCAGUGUUCAAGCUGUAAGCAUAAUUGCAGCUACAUUGCGAAUGGCGAGUACUGCUACAACGUACAGAAGAUUUUCAAGAGAAAAGCUUUGCGGCAGAAGGUACCCAUGGAUAAAUAACAAAAAAUCAGACGUCGGAACAAGUAACGAGGGCCAAGAAAAUGAAAAAGAAACAGAGGAAGAACCUAUAUAUGAACCAAUAUUACAACGACAGCCACCUUUAUUACAAAGUAUUAAUGAAGAUGACAGGAACAACGCGAACAGUGAUUUGAUUGAAUUCUCUCCGUCAUAUCCGCGGAAAGAACCAUGGUUCUAUGACUCUGAUUCAGGUAAUAGUUCAGAUUAUAUGCCUCCCGAAUUCGAAAGCCGAUGGUCACGAAAAACAUCGCAUAGCAGUGUGGACGCAUACAUACGACCGAUAUCAAUAAUAGAUAAAAUAGCACCUUGGAGGCGUAACGCACCUGUCACGAUUGAAAGAGUACAGAUAACACCUCCGCCGGCGGUACAAGCGCCACGGCCGAUGUCUUUAGCCGUUUGGGCUGAGAAAUUAGUGGAAAAUGCAGAAUCCAUACCGGGCUGGCUUUCAGCGCCUCACAGAAGCAAAUACAUUGCCCAGUUAAACGAACUUGAACCAGAAUUGCCACGUCGAGUGCCACGUGCUUAUAUACGUGGAUUAGAGCCUCAGGACGCGACCGCUGCGUUAGUACAGUUUCUAGGCUGGUAUUCCUUUUUCGUGGCUCGGUUGCUUUCUAUAGCCGCAUUCAUUAACAGCGUGCCCGUGGCGGCGAUCAUAGUCCUGUUCUCGCAUUACCAAGUGAUGCUCUUGUUGCUAAUCGUGCCACAAGCGAGCACAGUGCGGAGAGGUUUCUAUAUGUUCCUCGCAUUCAUAUUCUUGUUUUGCUUGAUGGAAUUCAAGAUCCGCUUCCGGCACGUGCGCGUCUGGCAUGUGUUCUGGAUUUUAGUGUGCACUGUAGAGACCAUUAUAUUCACCGGCUUGUGGUCAACUAUCGGCAGCAACUUGAAUGGUUGGUGGACGCUGUUCGUUGUGAAAAUUAUCUUAGGUAGUUUACUACUAAGCUUCAUGUGUUUUCUUGUGUAUUUCGUAUUGCUUAAACCCCGAGAAACGAUUGUUUAUAAAAACAGAACUAGUAAUUCUGGUAAAUAGCACCUAUGCUUGUAUGUCAAUAAGCAUUGUAUUCUUGGAAUCAAAUUAGAUCACGAGUAAUUUUGGUGCUUCUUUGUGUUUUCAAUUACGAAAGUAUUGGCUCUUUGUUCCGCGUGCAUCGGCGAAGCUAUAGUACUCUGUAGUAGGUAUAUAGAAUAUUGCUUAAUCUAAGUACGUGUAUGUUCUUAUUUUAUGAAGUUAAUAAUUUUGUACG